AUGUUCACUAUCGGUAAACUGUGUGUGCCGUUCGCUGAGAAGAUCAUUGUAUACUGCCGGACACGAUGCGGCGAGAUGAAAUUCAAAUAUGAAGCAGGGAAUUUUUUGUUAUCCCAUAACCGAUAUGCGAUUCAUACACAUAGCUUACCAUGGAACAAGCGCGGGCAAUUCGAUGGCAGUAUCGACAUCCAACAAAAUCUCGUUGGCGAUGCGCUCGAGCUGACGAUCCAGAAUUGCGACAACGAGAAAGCUUUAACGAUACUAAAUAAGUUAUUCGGGGGAAUGACACCAAACGCUGUCGGUUUGUUCAUCUGCCCACUGGCUUCCAAAAUAAAGCUGCGAUUCCCGCUUCGAAAGCUUUCACUACUCCAACAUCCUUACUCGAUUCUCUUAAAGUCGUGUCCGCGCGUAGCGAUGGUACAGCUCGACUGGCUGCGGAGAAACGCAUUUCCCCUUGACGUUGUGGCGCUCAUCCCCACCAUAACCUGUCAUCUCGAUCGUCAUCUAUGGAAAACGGAACAGCAAACGCUCUGGUACCAGCUCGAGGACUUCUCUUUCCUGCUCGUCCAAAUCCUCGGAAUCGGCCGAUACCUCCUGGACGUUCUUUGGACAGCAGAAAAUCUUACGCGUUGGGCGGGAAAGCACCCGCCACUUCCGAAUGGUCGAGAAAGAACGAUGAUCAUAAUGUACAACCAUCUACUUGGCAGAAAGAGGGGACGCACCUUGCUUAAACGGGACGUAGAGGAACUGCGCUGUUUUCUCCAGCGCCAUUUGCCCGAUCCAUUGCCGGGAAUCGAAUGCCUCUCACGGCUGAUGAGCGAU